AUGACGGACACUGAUGCUCCCGACUUGCUCACGCUCUUGCAGCCACAAGAAGAGACCAUCUGCGAAUUCGGCGACAUCAUCCUUGUGGCCGACGAUGGCUUUUACCCGACCCUCAAGAUUCGAGUCAGCAGCUGCAUCAUUGCGAUGAGCUCCAAGCCCCUGAAAGCGCUUUUCAGCAACAAGUACUCGGAAUGCAAAUUCGCUGAAGAACGCAGCGCCGAUAAGCCGCACGAGGUCGCUUUGAAGGAUGCGCCCGUGCCGCUCAAGCACUUGUGUCGCCUACUGCAUCAUCAAUAUCCGAUAUCAGACAAAGAUGACGAGAACGAGCUGAGCCCAAGCAUGCUUCUGGAUCUCGCGGUCAUUGCGGAUGUGAGUAACCCUAGGAGCUUGGGAUGCUUUCCAAGCGUCGCGUAGCGCUACUAAUGAUCAUCGAUAGAAGUACGAUUGCGUCGAUGCCCUUAAGCUACCUACGGAUGCACUACUGGCUCGCCAUGUUGAUGAGGACUUCUUUUUCCAGGAUGGCGAGCUGGAUAUACUCACGGCUGCGUCCUACCUUCUUGAUCAACCGCAGCACUUUCGCCGCUUCACUCGACAAAUGGUGCUCAAUGAGAAUCAUAUUUGCGCCAAGACUUUCCAUCAACAGAGCCUCGACAUCCUCUCAUACGACCUGGUUAAUCUGCUCCAGAGCCAGCAGAACCUGGCCCGUAUCAGAUUGACGGAAGAAGUGACGGGCCUUAUCAACGACUUCACCGAAGCAGCUCGAAAGGUACACCGAGAGGAGCUCGCAAUAAAGCUUCUGUCGGGCCUGGCAAGAGAGGAGCUCUGGCCGCUGAAGCUCACGAAAGCGACGCUCGGACUCCAUCUUUGGCGUCUCGAACGAGUAGAGAUCCCCAUCAUCUCAACAGAGGAACAGAUCCCUGGACCAGGAUCUUCAUAUAGGUCCGAGGAUGACUGGGAUGCUGGCAUUGCCUCCACGAGCCGUCUCCUCAACGCGCCAAACCAUCGGACCGUGAUCGCAUGUGCAAACGAGGUGUGCCGAUUGUGCGUCGGCGCCUGCUUGCAAUGUAUCAAGCGACCGGACUACACGCAGGAGCACGAGCAUGAUCCUUGGGGCGAGAUCGAUGACGAGUUUGCGGUACAGAAGUUCAGCAUGAGUCGUUCGCUAGGUUGGUCGGAUUGA